CUGAGUUGUCAUAUUUCUCAAUGUCAAACUUUGCAUUGGUGCUUACAGCAUACUUCAAGUUUUUGUCGAUUUUGCUUAAUAUCUAGAUUGAAUUUCUCAUGAUCUGAGUUCAACCAAUCGCUACUGACGUACAUACAAUAUAUCAGCCUUUGAAAGGUUGUAAGUCUCAAAAGUUUGAUGGAUCCGUGGGGCUGCGAAGUUGUAAGCGAGUCAAAAGUAUCGGCAUUUGAGGAUAAUUUCAAGCCCUCUGAAGGUUUCGAGAAACUGUCAGAUUCCGCUGAAUAUCUCGCUAUUUUAGAAAGGAAACUGAAGGCUGUCAGAUCAAAGAAUAAAGUUGUUGAGAACUUAUCUGCCUACAGAGCUGACUGUCUCAAUCGUCUGCUGCGUGAAGGCUGUGAUCUGGAUCCAGUCAUCGGAGACACCGACGAAGAGAAACUGCUUCAGGAGUAAUUAAAUUAGUUAAAUAAUAUUGUAAGUAAAAAUGGCAUCCUCAUCUUGUAGUAUUGAUCUGUCGGGGCCCACUUAUUGCAUCGUAUCAGGUGCUUCCCAAGGUAUAGGUCGUGCGAUUGCCGCUGAAGUAGCGAAGCUAUUAGGCCCGAAGUCACUUAUGUUGCUUUUAGCACGUAAAGCGGACGAAUUGGCUAAAACUGCUUCUAUGUGUCAAUCUGAUAACGUAAAAGCUAUCUAUAAAUCAAUUGAUUUGGGUAAAGCAACAACUAAAGAAAUGAAUGAUGUUAUUGUAAAUUCUCUCGAAGGUUACAAAGUGAAUGAUUUUGCAACUUGUCUAAUUUUCCACAAUGUUGGAUCUUUGGGCAAUCUGGCUAUAGAGACUUCACGGAUUGAAGACUCUAAUGAACUUGCAGAAUAUUACGAUCUAAAUGUGUUUAAAGUUAUAUCUUUGAAUACUCAGUUUUUAAAGAUUUUUGAGUCCGUUGAGGAUAGAAUUAUUAUUGUGAAUGUAACAUCUUUGUGCGCUAUCAAGCCAAUGAGUGGUAUGGCUUAUUACUGCAGCGGUAAAGCCGCUAGAGAGAUGUAUUUUAAAGUACUGGCUGAAGAGAAAAAGCACAUUAAAGUGUUGAAUUACUCCCCGGGACCGGUGGAGACAUCUAUGAUUGAUUAUGUGCUAACGGAAGCAGUUAAUGACAACUUAAGGGAUGUGUUUACGUCAUUUAAAAAUCAAGGUGUAUUACUAAAACCUGAUAUGACUGCUCGGAAAUGUAUGAAAGUUCUCCAAGCUGGGAAGUUUACUCCCGGAGAGCAUGUCGAUUAUUUUGACGAUGAAUGAAUAUAUUAACAACUGCCAAUUUUUUAUUGUAGUGGCAUUAAAUGUUAGUAAAUGCAACUUAUAGAAUCUCUAUAUCCUGUUUAGUAGCUUAGAAGUUGUCUUUAAAUGUACUAAAAAACUACAAUGUAUACUUUAAUGCUUUAUGUGUUUCACAUUACAUUUUUACAUUCCUAUAAAAAUUACUUUAGGCUUAUAAAAAUAUGGAAACUCUUUGUAUACUGAAAUCUUUAAUGCUGGUUAUGUAGAAAAAAAAAUAGUACACUACUAAUAAAUUGCCAUUCAAGCAGUUCAAGAAUCCCUAUUUAAUAUUUUUCAUAUAUUCUAUUCUAUACUAAUUAAUUUUGAAUAAGAAUGUGCAUUUUAAUUACUUUUA